CACGUACCUCAAAAAUGCUCCACUAAAGACGCUCAUAAAUUAAUUGCGAAACAGUGGACCGUCUACCCAUCUCAAUGGACCCAUUAAGAAUUUCUCUCCGUCCGUUCAAACUAUCCGACGUCGACGACUUCCUGAAAUGGGCUAGCGACGACAGGGUAACCCGUUAUCUCAGAUGGAACACCAUCACCUCCAGGGAAGAGGCGUUGACCUAUCUCGAGAAGGUGGCAAUACCCCACCCCUGGCGGCGAUCCAUAUGUCUAGACAACCGAUCAAUUGGAUACAUCUCGAUCAGGCCAGGAUCCGGCGACGAUAGGUGCAGGGCACGUGUAGGGUAUGCGGUGAGUUCAGAGUAUUGGGGACAAGGGAUUGUUACAGCGGCUCUGAAGAUGGCUGUCUCUAAGGUGUUUGAUGAAAUUCCUGAGUUAGUGAGGCUUGAAGCUAUGGUAGAGCUAGAGAAUAAGGCCUCGCAGAGGGUGCUAGAGAAAGUUGGAUUUCUGAAAGAGGGUUUGCUAAGAAAGUAUGGGUAUUGUAAAGGAGAAAUCAGAGAUAUGUUUGUGUACGGUUUCAUAUCAACAGAUGAGAUCUCAAGUAAUUGAUUGGGUAUCCAAUGCUAAACUCAAUCCUACUAUUAUAAUCAAUUAUAGUUCACAUA